AUUGAUCUUCUUCCUUUGUGACGACCUUUUUUACAUCCAUCCACAGACACAAUCAUGGCUGUCGGCAAGAACAAGAGAUUGUCCAAGGGCAAGAAGGGCUUGAAGAAGCGCACCGACCCCUUCGCCAAGAAGGACUGGUACAACCUCAAGGCCCCUUCCACCUUCGCCAUCAGAGAUGUUGGCAAGACCCUCGUCAACCGCACCACCGGUCUCAAGAACGCCAACGACGCUCUUAAGGGCCGUAUCUUCGAGGUUUCGCUCGCCGAUCUCCAGAAGGAUGAAGACCACUCUUUCCGCAAGGUCCGUCUGAGAGUCGACGAGGUUCAGGGCAAGAACUGCCUGACCAACUUCCACGGUCUCGACUUCACUUCCGACAAGCUCCGCUCGCUUGUUCGCAAGUGGCAGUCCCUGAUCGAGGCCAACGUUGUCGUCAAGACCACCGACGACUACCUCCUCCGCCUGUUCUGCAUCGCCUUCACCAAGAGACGCCCCAACCAGAUCAAGAAGACCACAUACGCCCGCAGCUCGCAAAUCAGACAAAUCCGCAAGAAGAUGACCGACAUCAUGCAGCGUGAGGCCAGCAGCUGCACCCUCUCCCAGCUUACCCAGAAGCUCAUCCCCGAGGUUAUCGGCCGCGAGAUCGAGAAGUCCACCCAGGGCAUCUACCCCCUCCAGAACGUCCACGUCCGCAAGGUCAAGCUCCUCAAGUCGCCCAAGUUCGACCUCGGUGCUCUCCUUAACCUCCACGGCGAGUCCAACACCGACGAGUCCGGCCAGAAGGUUGAGCGUGAGUUCAAGGAGACCGUCCUCGAGAGCGUGUAAGCAUCUGAUGAAUGGAACAAGAUGGGUUGGAGUUUGCUUGACACGAUGUUGCCGGCGUUCGACGUGGAAAAGGAAUGCUUUAGGCAUCUUCGUGUUAGCUACUUUUCAUGGCAAAAAAAGAAUCGUCAAAAGCCUUC